UAUUUUGUAGGGCUUAAACGGAAGUGGUGUAUCUUAUUGUGUCAGUCUUGACGGCGGCGGCUUCCGGUGGAGGCUGAGCGCAUCACAGACCUGCAGACACAUCUGGACCCAUCUGGACCGGAGACCUGCAGACCUGCAGACCUGCAGACAGACAGGAGGACAGGUGUGUCUCCUCCGGUCCGGUCCCGGUCCCGGUCCCGGGUGGUGAUGGGGGACAGCAUGGAGACCCGGGUCGUCUACCACCUGGAGGACCAGGAGACCCCCUACCUGAUCCGGAUCAACGUGCCCGCGCAGCGCGUCACCCUGGCGGACUUCAAACAGGUCCUGAACAAACCCAGCUCGGUCCGGUUCGGCUCGGUCCGGUUCUACUUCAAAUCCGAGGACGACGACUUCGGGGUGGUCAAAGAGGAGAUCAGUGAUGAUGACGCCAGACUGCCCUUUGUGAACGGACGAGUCGUCUGCUGGCUGGUGUCUUCAGACACCUGUCAGUCAGAUUUCAGGGGGUUAGACCUCCAGUCUAUAGCCACGCCCACCAGCUUGGCUCCGCCCCCCAUCGAGAGGACAGGUGUGAUCGGAGACUCCAGACCCCCUUCCUUCCAUGCUGCUGCUGUGAGCAGUCAGGACGAGCUGCAGAGGUCAGAGGUCAACCCCGUCCCUUCACCUCCAGAGAGGACGGAGACAGAAGAAGAAGAAGACCGAGGUGGACGUCUCAACGGCCACGCCCACCAACAACCAGCUGAUCAGAAAGGGGCGGGGCCAACAGGAGGUGACAGCUCGUCAACACAACAGAGCAGCCAAUUAGAGACGACCAGUUUCUGCUCCUCUGAGGAAGACUCAGGAGGAAGGUCAGACACACACACACACGUCUUAUUAUACGUUACG